ACUGUCUGAAACGACCUUUCGAUCAAGAAAAGAGAGAAGUCAUGGGAGAAGUGGCCAAAAAAGCUGCUGCCGAAGUGGCAGUUGUUGGUGAUUCGGUUAUUAAACCAAGGCCUUUCUUUGGCUCACCUAUUCCUGGUUUAAGAGACAAUUUGAAUGUGGCAAAAGUAUUGAGGCUGAAGACUUUUGGAAUCGGUUGUUAUCCUGAAGGGUACAAUCCAAGAGUUCAUGGAGCUUAUCAUGAAAUGGUUUUUUAUGGCAAACCUGAUAAACGCUUUUGUGAUCUGACUCUUAAGGAAUUACCAUCAUGGUUGACACGCCGAUCGUACACACCUUUUGCUCUUUGGGGAGGAGUAACUCGAACUGUUGCUAGAUAUAGACAUCACUGGUGGUUCCCAUUGAAAGCAUCACCAGCCCCCAUUAUGCACUUGCUACUGUUCUGGUAUUUCAGUUGUUACUAUUUGAGUUUCAAAGUGUUACAUGCAACACACAGAAAGUCUUUCUACCAUUGGUAAAGAACAUAGCUUGUUUAGGAUGGAAUUCUUAUUUGAAAUGAAACAUUAGUAAAAGAAAGAAGAGUUAUUUAAAAUAAAUACUGUGAACAAUUAUU